UCCGGCCCCAGUGUUCGAAGGGUCCUAACUCCGCCCCUGCCUUCUUUAGGGAUGUUGGUAGCUGAAAGAGGGAAGUAGUGACACGCUGGUGGACAGUAACCAACAGUAUCGUACCAUUUCGGAUGUAUUCUCUCUGCUAAUGAGUUAUAAUCCAGGUGUUUCUUUCUGGGGCACUCUUACAGGAUGGCGUCACAAGAGGGGGAGGAGCCUCCUCCAUACCGAGGCCAAUCAGAUAGUCGUUUAAAGAGCAAGAAGCCACCCAGCCUUGUAAUAGCCAUCCCUCCACCAGAGGCAGUGAUGUCCCAGCCACAACGACAAUCUCUGAAAAAAACAGCAAGUGCUCAAGCAAGCGGUUCUGUGUCAGAGAGCAUCGAUGGACGCGAAGAUGGAGGAUUUUCAGCAAGAGACAGAAGGGCAAAGUUUGGCAGACAAACAUCACUCUCUCAAAGCAUCCGAAAGAAUACAGCCCAGUGGUUCGGGGUGGGUGAAGACUGUGAGACUAAGCAGCAGGUCUGGCACCGAAAGAGCCUGCGCCACUGCAGCCAGCGCUAUGGCAAGCUGAAGCCCCAGUAUAGAGAGCCCGAAACGGCCACCAGCAUCGACCAGAGCCUGGAUUCACCAACUCCACACAGGAUGCCCAGGAUUGUGGACCCCCUUGCACGAGGGCGAGCUUUCCGUUGCCCAGAUGAGCUGGACAGCCGCUCUCCAAGAACACCUCACACCGCUCAUGGGGUUCCUGUCACACCAGGCGUCACCUCGCUCAGCUCCUUCACCAGCCAGCGCUCCGGGUACAGUCGCUUCCCCAGACGAAAGCGAGAGUCCGUCGCCCGCAUGAGCAUCAGAGCUGCGUUCAACCUGUUGAGGGGUCGUAGUGGCUUGGCAGGCUCACAGACUGGUCGCAGUUUCCCCAGGAGGAGCUUUGCCAGGCCCAGCUGGAUGGAUGAGGACACUGUGGAUUCUGCAGAUGCAUCCGAGUCACUUUUCUUCAGUAAGGUCGAUGUCCGUGAUGAAUUGUACUCUAUGGCUGAUGAUGUCUUUGAAUCGCCUCCUAUAUCUGCCUCUUUUGCUCCCUGCGAACAGCCUGACCAGAAGCCCCCCAGCUUUUCCAGUAAGGAUGCAUCACAGAUCCAUAAAAUGCAUGAAACGACUCAUCCUCGUCGUGGUCGUCGCAUUGCCUCCCAAGUGAAGCACUUUGCAUUUGACAAGCAGAAGCGUCAGUAUGGGAUGGGCGUUGUGGGGAAAUGGCUAAACCGACACUAUCGACGAAGCAUCAGCAGCAACGUCCAGAAGCAGCUGGACGACUUCCACAGCCACAGACCCUACUUUACCUACUGGAUUACAUUUGUCCACAUCGUUAUCACAUUGCUUGCCUGCUGCACGUAUGGUUUUGCCCCAGUUGGGUUUGCACAGCAUUCAAAAUCUGAACUGGUGCUGAAGAAUAAAGGCAUUUAUGAGAGUGUCAAGUAUGUCCAACAGCAGAACUUCUGGAUUGGCCCAAGCUCUGAAGACCUGAUCCACCUGGGGGCAAAAUUCUCCCCCUGCAUCCGUCAGGACACGCAAAUUGUCAAUCUGACCCAGAAGGCCAGAGACCUUGAAAGAGAGUCUGGCUGCUGCGUUCAGAAUGACAACUCUGGAUGUGUGCAGACCCUGAGCUCCGACUGCUCUGAGACGCUGGCCACCUUUAUUAAAUGGGACAAAGAACACGUGGACAUCAUUAGGUCAUCUGGUUCUGUCUGUCACCAGGAUCCCAGAGUGUGUGAAGAACCUGCCUCUGCAGAGCCCCAUACGUGGCAAGACGACAUCACCAAGUGGCCGGUCUGUACAUAUCCAAAGAAGUGGAAUCACACUGGCAAAAGACACAUGGACUGUAACAUCAUGGGACGGCCCUGCUGCAUAGGAACUAAGGGCAGAUGUGAGAUCACAACCAGAGAGUAUUGCACUUUCAUGCAUGGUUACUUUCAUGAGGAAGCCACCCUCUGCUCACAGGUCCACUGUCUGGAUGACGUGUGCGGUUUGCUGCCCUUCCUUAACCCUGAUGUUCCUGAUCAGUUCUACCGUCUCUGGCUCUCGCUUUUCCUCCAUGCUGGGCUUUUACACUGCGUAGUGUCAGUAGUGUUUCAGAUGACCAUACUGAGGGACCUAGAGAAGCUGGCGGGUUGGGUCCGCAUCUCCAUCAUCUACAUCUUGAGUGGCAUCACUGGAAACCUUGCCUCUGCCCUCUUCCUGCCCUACAGAGCUGAAGUGGGUCCAGCAGGGUCUCAGUUUGGACUCCUUGCUUGCCUCUUUGUUGAGCUGUUUCAAGGUUGGCAGAUGCUGGAGAAGCCCUGGAAGGCCUUUUUCAAACUGUCCUGCAUCGUCCUCUUCCUCUUCCUGUGCGGCCUUCUGCCGUGGAUCGACAACAUCGCCCACAUCUUUGGUUUCCUCAGCGGCCUGCUGCUCUCGUUUUCCUUCUUGCCCUACGUCACCUUCGGGACAUUCGACAAAUACCGGAAACGUAUCCUCAUCGCCGUCUCUUUAUUGUUCUAUGUUGGACUGUUUGCUUCCCUCAUGGUUUGGUUUUAUAUUUACCAAAUUAACUUGCACUGGUUGGAGCAUCUCACCUGCCUACCCUUCACAAGCAAGUUUUGUGAAAAGUACGACAUAGACCACGACAUUGACCAUGUGGUGCACUAGUCUGGAGAUCAUGGAGACAUCUAAAGACCAAACUGACUGUGCUACUGGUUGACUAGCUGGUAGCCAGUGAUGUGAUCAAUCAUCUGAGAGUGUGGCAAUCAUGAUUUUUAUUGUUCUGUACUCAAACGCUAUUCGAUUGGACCUGGAUAACUUUCUCCUCGUCAGUCUGCUGACCUGCCUGCUUCCAUAAAACUUAUCCGGCCUUUUUCAAUCCUCAGCUAUGUCUGGUAUGACUGGGCUUGUUAAUUUACUAACUGGUGAAUAAAUGUUUGAAAAGGAAAGGAAAAAGCACUCAGGACAUUAAAACUGCAAAGAGCUGAUGGAUUCAAAAGCUCUACAGAGUGAGAGAGGUCUUCAGUUCAUCAAAACUAAAGAAGCCGAGUCAAACAAGUCGUUUUGGACGCUUCUGGCUCACAGUCGUUUCCCUUUAACUCUACAGACGACAAGACUGAUACCACAGCGGGUCAUCAGGCAACUUGUAGCCCAAUUCAGAUGCUUCCUUGUUUUCAGUAACACUGGAUUAACACUACAAAAACUGUCUGCUGCUGUAUUUUUUUUUUUUUUUUUUUUUUUAGCAUUUGCUCAUUGUAUGUGUAUGCACUUGGCAUGUCAAUAGUUUCUGGAGCAAUGAAAUGUUAAAGUAGUCAUAUGUUCCAAGUACUAACUGUCACAGUUCAAGUGAAAUAUCAGCAGACAGUUAAGGCACAUUUCAAUCUACAGCCACUAGUUGCCUUAAAUGGACUUUGCCGUUUUACAGAGAUGCCUCGUUGUACCUUUUGCAUACUGCUUGUAAUCAACUUUGUAAAUAAUGACAAUUUUCUGGCCCUUACCUACCAAAGCAAGUUUGACAUGCUGUUUUAUGAGCUCAUAUAUGCAUGUUGUUUUUACAGCCACUUCUCCGUAUGCCACUGCCACGAACAACUUUUUACUUAAGCUCUACUUUUAAUAUCACUAUUUGAUGGUAUUUGUCUGGCAACACAGUGGUGCCUAAACUUUUUUUUUUUUUUUAAAAGAUUUACUCUGAAUAUAAAUAGACACAAGAAAAUAGUA